AUGUCCCAGCUUCAGAGACCCGCCGGCCCUUGCCGAACUGCUUCCGCUAACAGUUUCGCCGAGACAUUCAACAUCGCUCGGAGAAAUCUCGAGAAUCAGCUUUCUCACGAAGAACCGUCUUCUCUUGACCUUACGCCCUCAAACUCCACACCAUUAACGUCUCCGGCUUCAUCAAACGCAACCACACCGGCGAGCCCAGCCACUCCCAUCUCUCAGCCAAUCACACCGUUUGGUGCAAGCGAAGAGGUAGCCGACACGUUCGCUUUCGCCUUCGACAUUGAUGGAGUCCUCGUUCGGGGCGGCACGCCCAUUCCAGAAGCCAUUGAGGCUAUGAAGAUGCUCAACGGAGAGAAUGAGUACGGCAUAAGAGUUCCGUACAUUUUCCUCACCAAUGGCGGCGGCAAGACUGAGGCUGAGCGGUGCGUCGAUCUAUCCGACCAGCUUCAAGUUGAGGUCAGCCCUGGCCAGUUCAUCUGCGGGCACACUCCUAUGAGAGAGCUUGCGGACAAGUACCGCGGUGCAGUCUUGGUUGUAGGCGGUGAGGGCGAGAAGUGCCGCACAGUAGCUGAGCAUUACGGCUUCCGUGAUGUUAUUACCCCUGGAGAUAUCAUCAAGACCAAUGCAGCAGUCGCUCCGUUUCGGAAGCUAACCGAACUCGAGCACGCUAACUCUCAAGACCUGCUCGAGCGGGGCAACAUCAACGAUAUUGUUAUCGAAGCCAUCUUUGUUUUCGCCGACAGCCGCGACUGGGCUUCCGAUCUACAGAUCAUUCUGGAUAUUGCCAUGUCCAAGGGUGGCCGACUCGACACUCGCUCGGAGACCUUCGACGAAGGUCCUCCAAUCUUCUUUUCGCACAGCGACGUUGUGUGGUCUGCGGCUCAUGAGAAUGUCCGGUUGGGCAUGGGCGCUCUUCGCAGGAUUGUUGAGACAAUCUUCUCCGAUGUGACCGGAGGCAAGAAACUUGUGACGCAUGCCUUUGGCAAGCCUCAGGUCAAUACCUUUGAGUUUGCAACUCGCCUACUGCAGCAAUGGCGUGCCACCCAGCACGGUCUUGAUGACCACAGCACGCUGGACACGGUUUAUUUUGUCGGCGAUACGCCCGAGUCUGAUGUCCGUGGCACCAAUGCCAUGGACGCCAAGUCGGAAAACACCUGGUACAGCAUUCUCGUCAAGACGGGCGUGUACCAAGACGGCACAGAGCCAGCAUAUAAGCCACGUGCCACUGUGCCGACCGUGCUGGACGCGGUCCGACAUGGCAUCGAGCGCGAGAUGCAAGCGCGCAUGCUCCGUCAAAGCAAGACGGACGCCAAGGAAUAG